AUGGGCAUCAACUUUCCAAGGGUUCGGUAUGUUGUACAGUAUGGGCCACCAAAAAGCAUUGUUGAUUUAAUGCAACAAGCUGGAAGAGGUGGUCGCAAUGGUAGUCAAGCACAUUGUGUGACCUACUAUACUAAGCAUCAACUUUCGAGAUGUGGCAAGGAGAUUAAGUCUAUCAUUCAAGCAGAAGGAUGCCAACGUCAAGCCUUGUACGGUCACUUUAAUGAUUUAGUUUCUUCCCUUACCCCAGGCCAUUUGUGCUGUUCUAAUUGGAUAAAACUGUGUGCAUGUUGUGAAGAUGGGACAUGUUGUGGAGACAGUGCAUUGUUCAUGACAACAGGAGAUAGCGAAGAGGAAACAACAACUGUUCCUGCAAAAUCAAGGAUUCUUACCCCAGAGGAUCAGAAUGACUUAAGACUGGCCCUGUUGGAAUUAACGUCAAAAUUGUCAGCCUAG